UUAUUUAUUGUAGUGCUAUAUAAUUAUUUAUUCGUUGGAUUCGUUAAUCGUUAUCAGUUAAAUAGUUGUUUAAUAAUUAUACAUCGUGAUAAUUAUUGAAAAAUGGUCAAUCACUGCGUAGUUAAUGAAUGUGUGAGUGGUCGAGUAAGUGAGCGUAAUAAAAAUAAAAAAUUAGGUCGUAGAAAUACUUCGUUAUUUACUGUGCCACAGAAUCCUGAUCUAUUGAAUUUAUGGAGUUCUGCAUUACAACAAAAACUUGUGCCAAAAAAAAAUCACGUCUGUGAGCUACAUUUUAAUGACGACGACAUAAUUAAGAGUGAUAGAGUAACAAUCUCUAAUGGAAUUGUCGAAGAAUUGCCUAGGAAAAAUUAUGCACUUAAACCAUGUGCCAUUCCUACGUUAAACCCUGAAAAGUCCAUUAGUAAUGAAAGUGCCAACAACGUUAGAACUCCAAAUGUUCUGUGUGAUCCACUCUUCUCCAGUGAAGCUAGUAGUUCUUGUGAUACUCAUGAAAAUUUAUCGGAGCAUAAUGAAGAAUUGGUAAUUGCUCAAGAUUCUAUUAACAACUGUGACCAUCUCGAAAAUGUUGAUAUCGCUAUGAAUUCUCAAGAAUUUAAUAGCCAUAAAAAUGACCAGGUUGAACAGUUACUCCAAUUACCAAUUUUGGAAGCUAAUAUUGAGGAAUUUUCUUUAUUAACAAUUAUUAAUAUGUUAAAAUUCACUCCCCUCCUUCAAAAUUGGAGUUGGACGACAGAUUUGUUAGAUUCUAAGAAAAUAGUCUUAUGUUAUUUAGAUAAAGUUUCAAUGAACUUAAAACUUCGUGUUAAGAUAAAUGUCAACUUUAAAAUCUCGCUAAUCAACAUCAGAACUCAAAAAUUAAUUGACCUUGACGGUAAUUGGUCUGAUAUAUCCGAUUUUUGGAAAUUUCUAAAAACAUUGGAAGAGUACAAAUUAUGUGAUGGAACUGGAUUUGAUCAAGAAAGAUGUUCACCAAACUGUACCGGUGUUUUAUUAUCUCGUGAAGAGUACAAAAAACAAAUGAAAGACUAUCGGGGUGUUGCUUGCCGAAAAUUAAGACAUAGAUUGUUAAAUCAAUCUUAUGUAGUGAAGCCUGAUUUGAAAGAGUGCUAUGACAAUCUUAAAUACCAAGUGGGUCUUAAAAAUAAAAAAAUUGAGCGUCUCAAACGAAAGAAUGACAUACUAUUAAAAAUGAUUAAAACACAACAAGAAAAUUGUACAGCUAUUAAAGAUGAAGUUUUGAGAGCUGAAAUUUCCAUUCUACCUGCAGUACAACAACUUGCGAUCCGUGCUUGUUUCAAUGCUGCAAAAGUUACGAAUGCAAAACAAAGAAGAUAUACGGUACAGUGGGUGUAUGAAUGCUUAUUACUUCGCAUUAAAAGCGCGACCGUGUAUGACCGACUCCGAGAACGUCAAAUCUUACCUCUUCCUUGCAAAGAUACCCUUAACAGAUACAUCCAGAAACUAGACAGCGCUUUUGGCUUUCCAAAAGCGAUAUUCGAUAUUCUACGUAUAAAAAGUUCGCGUAUGGAAGUACACGAAAAACGGGGUACACUUCUAAUAGAUGAAGUAGCUUUAAGUGAAGCCAUCAAGCUAAACCGUAAGACCAUGCAACUCGAUGGCUUCGUAAAUUUAGGACAACACACACCUCAACAUCUUCUAAACACUCGAGCUGAUCAUGCCCUAGUCUUCAUGUUCCAGCCGUUUCAAGGCGAUUGGGUGCAGGUUGUUGGAAGUUUUCUGAGUAGAAAUUCUGUCACUAGUGUUAUUCUACAUAAGUUACUUGUUGAGUGCAUCAUACUGUUAGAAAAUGCUGGAUUUUAUGUGGAUGUUGUUACUUCAGAUGGUGCGCAAUGGAAUCGAGGAGCGUGGACACUGUUUGGCAUAAAGGAUGGUCAAUCUAGCUGCGAACAUCCAUGUAACUCCGACCGAAGACUUUGGUUUAUGUCUGACUUUCCACAUUUAAUCAAGUGUUUUAGAAAUAAAAUUAUGGAAAAACUGUUUUUUUGGACACCUGAUGGAUUUGUAAGAAAAAUUCAUUGGGAAAAUUUGUUACAACAUGAAACUUAUUUAAAAUCAAAUCUAAAGAUAGCCUUUAAACUAACUCCACAGCAUUUAAAUCCAGAAGGGUAUCAAAAAAUGAACGUGCCUUUGGCUUAUCAGUUAUUUUCGAAAAGUAUUCAAGUUGCUAUGAAAAUGUAUAAAAACGAAGCUACUGAGCUCAGAGAUUGCGAUUCAACAAUUGCUUUCAUCGAACGAGUUAAUAAUUUGAUCCAAGCGAUGAGUUCUCGUACCCCUCAAGAUGCUUUGCGUUUGAAUCAGGAGUGUCCUCAAAAAAAGGCAAUUAUUGAGUUUUUGGAUUAUCUGAAAAUUUGGGAGGCUAAAGCAAACGACGAAAAGCAGCUCAAUAAAAAAAAGAGGAAAAAACAAAAACAGGAUGACGAAAUCGAAGACAAAUUUUUUUUUGCAAUUACUCCGAGUACUCUGACAGGAUUAAAAAUCACACUGCAAGCUACUCUUGAGUUGGCAGAAUUUUUAAAAGAAAAGUGCAACUAUGAUUAUUUGAUGACGUCACGUCUUAAUCAGGAUCAAUUAGAAAAAUUUUUCGGUAUAAUGCGAAAUGUCUGUCGGUGUAAUGACCAUCCUGAUACAAUUCUUUUUGGGCAAGUUUUCCGGUUAUUAUGCUCCUAUUCCUUAGUCACUCCACCGAAAGGGUCCAAUGUCACUGCCGGUGAGCUUCUCCAAUCUUUAAUGCAAUCAAAAGAAUCAUUGACUGCAGCCACUGCUUUAAAAAAAAAUUGGCUUGAUGACAUAGACGCUAUUGUUGAAAAUGGUAUUGUAAAUAAUGACAAUUCACCUCAUCAAGAUAUGGAUGGAAAUGUUUCUGUUGCUAAAAUACCUUUUGAGAGUUUGUUGGACGAUGACAGUGAUGAAGAAACAGCAUCCGAUGUUCAUUCUUUCAUUAGAGAACCAUUUGAAAAUAUUUUAAAUGAAGACAGUGACGAUGAUAUAGAUGAGGACAAACAUUUAUGUCAUGAUAAUUAUUAUCCAUUUGAAAAUUCAUAUGCUGCUGAAGAUUUAAAUGGCAAUACUGUAUCCGGUCAAGAUAAAGAAGAAGAAAAUACUUAUCUCAAUGAAGAUGAAGGCGAAGAAAAUUAUGGUUUCUGUGACGAUCCACACUAUCACCAUGAUUAUGAUGUGGUUUCGACGAGUGACAAUGUAGUAGCUUAUAUUGCCGGAUACGUUGCACGAAAAUUUCACCGAUUAACUUCGUGCUGUGAUUGUAUCGACACAUUACGUUCUACAAAUCCUUCUGAACGCGACAAAGUCAUUGAACUUAUGAGUAAUGGUGAUUUAAUUUUUCCAAGUGAAAAUUUAUUUAAAUUGUUUAAAAGACUGGAGAAAAUUGUAUUACAAGUGGUUGGUACUAAAACCAUCAAAAUUAAUACUAUGCACCAAAUUUUAGAGAAAGUGGCUAAUGCAAAAAGUUUACCGAUUUUAAGUUGUGAAGAACACAGAAAAGAGCUUAUGGCUAAAAUUCUGAACAACUUUAUUGUAAUGCGCGGGAACUUCUUAGUUAAUUUAAUUAAUCGCACCUUUAAUGAGCGAAAAUUAAUGACGAAAAAACACCGCAAACAUUCAAAAUUAUCUUAA